AUGGCUACCUCUCAGAACAGUGCCGGCAAUGAAGAGUCGUCUUCGAUUCCGCAAGAUGUGGAUGCCACUGCCGAGUUCGAUGAGAAGCUCAAUGCUGCACUCCAACUACUUCCAAGUUGUCAGAGAUGCAAAAGGCUGAGGAGGAAGUGUGACACGAAUCUUUCAUCCUGCAGGACUUGUCAAAAGGCGGACCUCGAGUAUUCUUUCUACGAUCACUCGCUUCAACAAGUUUUGCCUCGAAGCUACGUGUUGUCUCUCUUGACUCGUGCCCAGGAACUCAGAGGGACACGCAAAAUGGGCGUGGCCAGUACUACCGGAAACUCAGCACCUCAGAUCAUCCCAGCAAGACUACAUGCAAAUCAAGACUUAUUGAAUUUUGCGUCGGCUCCUAUCAUCCCUCAAGCUGAAACAUAUGAUGAGCAUUUCAUGCUUUGUACGACAACAGAGUCUACGUCUCGUUUCUUCGGAUGUAGUUCCGUCGUUGUCCUCACCGUGGGUCUCGCCUCUCGGACAUUUGACGAUCCAUCUAUCUUCCAAUCCCAAAAUGGCCUCCUGAAGACAUACACGGCCAACAGCGAAGUUGGCAUCAACAAUCCUAUAGAAGUGGCGAAAACACGCACCGUCACCCCGUCAAAGGACAUGAUCCUAACUCUCAUCGGGCACUACAUGUCCUCCUUAAACAGGCUCUAUCCUUUCAUUGACGCCUCGACCCUCGACGCAGACCUAGAAGUCUACCUCUCCAACACCCACGACACACAACCUCCUCCCCCAGGAACCUCAAACCCCCCAGUAAAGAAAGUCUACCAAUACUUCCGCAUCGCCAUGAUCUGCGCCAUCGCCUGCGCCAACAAAUCCCGCUACAUGACCCACCUAUCCGCCAGCGACACCGAAUUCUACGAGUCCGGCCUCCCGCACGUGCAAGCCGUCACAUCCUCCGUGUCCGGCGAGUCCCUGCAAGCCCUGCUCCUGCUAGUCCUCUACUGCCUCUUCCACCCGCGCAAAGGCGACAUCUGGAAGCUGCUCGACUACGCGUGCCGGCUCAGCGUCGAGCUAGGCUACCACGCCGAGCCGCAAGACUCGGCCGGCAACGACAUGUCCGUCUCGCUGUCGCUGCGCAAGAACACCUUUUGGAGCCUCUACACCAUCGAGCAGAUCGUGGCACAGAUCUUUGGCCGCCCGUGCGACCUGCCCGGCUACAUUAUCAGUACUGAUUAUCCCGGGACGCUGAUAUCCGGGCUGUCGCCUGGGGCCGAGCAAGGGCUGACGGCGCACCGCUACCGGAUCUUCUACCUGCGCGGCGAGAUAUACGGGGAGUUGUUCCUGCCGACCGACAGCGCGGUGCACUCGCUAGAGUGGUUCGUGCAGCGCUUCGUGACGCUGAGCCAGUGGCUCGAGGAGAUUCAGGUCGAUGGGGCGGAAGCGGAUAUCGAGACGGCGACGUGCGACGUAGCGUUCCACUCCACGGUCAUCAUCCUCUUCCAACCGCUGCUUAUCCGCGCCCUGUCCGACACCAAAGAAGCAGAGCUGGAUCCCUCGGCCCGCCGCCUCAUACCCUCGGAGAACUACCGCUCAGCCUGCCAGUUGAUCCGCACGUACUGGAACAUCGUACGCGCGCCGCACGAUUCGGCGCUGGGCUUGUACGGCAUGACGAUCAUGAGCGCGCAUUAUAUAUAUCUUGCGGGUCUGACCAUCAUGGCGCACGCGCAGCUGUCGAUCGACGGGCGUGUGAAGUCGUUGGCGCCGCUGGACGCUGGGACGCUGAAUGAGGUGGCGCAGCAGAUUGAUUAUUCGGAAAUUUUCGAGAUUUCCAGCUCGUGUUUAGUGCUGCUUCAUUGGUGUGCUAGUAGAUGGAGGGGCAUGGUUGGGAUGAUGGAUAUGUAUAAGAGGCUUUCCGAGAAGCUGCUGCCGUUACUGGCGAGAAGUGGUAUGGCUUGGUUUUGA